AUGCCUUUGGAUGAGGCCCACAACGACUUCUUUGGCCUCCCUUCCAGCCCCCUUUCUAUCUACCACACCGGGCCCGCCUGGCCGCUGCCUACUGGCCCUCAGGCCCAGCGCGUCCCCAAAGAGGCCCGCCCAGUCUGUAUCCACGCGAUCUCAAGCGUGUGGCACGAGCUGGGCGAGAAAAUCUACAAGUUCUUCGACUCUAUCGAGCUCAAGUGGACGAGCAUCGACCCUGUCCGCUUUGCCGAAGCCGAAAAGGAACCCGGUCCCCUCUUCUUGUGGGUGGGCGUGCUGCCCGGCACUCUCUCCUCCGACGACGCCAAAGGCCCGGGUGCGCACUGCAAGGAGAUUCUCUUGGAGUAUGCGAUCACCGACGUUGAGAUUGCGUUCCGUGAGUCUGUCUACACGCGGUACGCCGGACUGCGGCUGCUCGACCAUGUCCCCUCCGUCGACGCAACAGCCGACGUACGCGGUCCCUUCACGCCGGCACUUGGUCUUCAGAUUGCUCCCAAGGCCUUCCCGUACCUCGAAGGCACGGGAUGUCUCUAUCUCUGCGAAGGCGGUGAGAGCGAUCGGAUCUUCCUUCUCACCGCUCGUCAUGUUGUUCUCCCGCCUAGCCAGUAUUCGAACGAGCUUUACCACAGCAAGGACAACAGCAUGCCUCGUCGUGAGGUCGUCCAUCUUGGCAGCCGGGCCUUUCAGAAUGCUCUCGAGGCUAUCAUGGACAGGAUUGGGCACUGGAGCUACAUGGUCGACGGCUACGAGGAAGAGUUUGCGCAUUUAGGGGAGCGCGUCGAGGGCGAGGACCCCAAGACAACUUCAAAUCGGCAGAAGACUAAGUACAGGCUGGAAGAGGCGGAGGCGUCGAAGGCAAGCGUAUCUGAGUUCCACCGUGAGAUCACCAGCCUCUGGAGCGCGGAGAGCCAGCGCAUUCUGGGACACGUCGUCUACGCCCCUCCAAUUUCCGUCGGUACCGGCGACAGCAUGUGUACCGAAGAUUGGGCUCUCGUUGAGCUCAACCGCGGCAAGUUCGACUGGGACACUUUCCGAGGCAACGUUAUUCAUCUCGGAUCCAAACUCACGCCUUACCAAUUCAUGAAGAAGAUGUACCCUCACGCCUUGACCCGCGCCAAAUACAAGUACCCGCCCGGUGGCCUGAUGCAGCUCCGAGACGUUGUCCAACCAAACGAGCUUCGCCGCCCGGCGAUGCUGGACGCGAACGGCGAGUGGUGCCUCAUAGUCGUCAAGAACGGUGCCGCCACCGGUGCUACGCUCGGUCGCGCGACCGGUAUCGAGUCCUUUGUUCGUGAAUACACUGGGGACGGCGCGGUUCGCUCGACGGCGAGGGAGAUUGCUGUGUACGCCUAUAGCAACGGGGACGGCGCGUUCUCUGCCCCUGGGGAUUCUGGGUCUGUUGUCGGCGAGGCCAGCUGUGGUAUUGUUGGUAUGAUUAUCGGCGGUGCUGGCCAGGCUGACUUGACUGAUGUUACGUAUGUCUCGGGUUAUGCUUCCCUCGAUGAGUGUAUCAAGAAGCCCUUUCCCCGCUCCUACCUCUUUCCGAUCUGCAACCCGACCCAGGUCUAGGUCGUGAUAUCGGCCCACGACAAUGAUGUCGGGGACGCUGGCGAGGUGGUUGUUCGUUUUUUGUUUUGUUUCUAGCUAUGCGGUUACUUCUCCUUCUGUCGCUCUCUUCUCCUUCUGUCCGCUUCUUAUCUAUGGGUUCGUCGUCGCUGUCGAUGUGUGCUUAGGCUCAAUUUAGGAAAAUUCCCGGUAGCAUGCAACCAAUGUGGCAACUGUUCCAGGUCAUUCCGGGACCCAAAACUCGCGUUUGUCUGUGGUGAACCCCGCUAUCCGCUUCUUAAAUUUUGGCAGGUGUGUCAAAGCAGCGAAAAUACGAAGUCUCUCGCAGCGGCUCGGUAUCGCCGUGCGCAUUAUAUGUAGACGUUAUUGAUUCCUCACUUUCCUCUAUAGCUCUCGACGCGCUCAAGAUGUUCACAUAUAACAGUUCGCAUAAUAACGUG